AUGAAGGUCAUCAGACCGUCAGCAUGGUGCUUGCAACACAACAGGUAUUGCAGGAUAUAUGAGCAACUGGCAAGUCUUCACCUGGCAGGCACACCAUGUAUUGCCUUCUCAUCAAUUGGCUCGUUGGAUCGUGAGGGCAGCAUCAGCUACAUCCACUUCCUGAUCUGGGUAGCACUACGCAAACGACGCCAAGAGUCAGUCGUUGCGCAGGAGUGUGUGUCAACUUUUCCUCGGGAACCAUUUUUGCUUUUGAUGCCAGAGUACGAGUUCACAUUUCACACUAUGAACCCAGUGGACUAUGGCUGGCCAAUCAACAGGGAGAGACAAUUCAUUGUGGGGCAGACACGGAGUCAAGACACUUGCGUUCAGAAGCUUAUUGAAGGUCUUCAGCACUCUCUUCAACCGGUCCCUUUCUGGCUCAGCGAGUUGGUCAGUGUUCUUAUGGGAGGACUGAUGAGGUUGAACUAG